CAACAAAGUUCUCUGUUUGGCGUUUACGUGUCGUGAACAGAUAUUUGAGGUUCCGCAAUUUAUCAAAUUUUCAAUUGUUUUAUAGGCAUUUAAAAUGCAAUCAAGUGGCGCAGACGAUCUACUACAAUUUCGCGACUACAAUAGUCCACCCAACAUGAGUAGUCCGCCAGCACAAAUAAAUGUCAACUCGCCCACCCAUUCAAUGGGUUCUGCGACGAGCGCAAGUCGCGGCGGCAAUGAUGCACUCAACGAUUUAAUCUAUGAUAUGAGCAACUCCGCAGGCAUAAUGGGCGGUAGUGGUGGUUCAGUUAGCGGAGGCAACAUGAAUGCGGGCGCGGCUGGUGGUGCUGGUGGAGGCGCUGAUGGCGGUGCUGAUGCUGGUGCCAGCAACAAGGUGUCAUUUCUCACUUUGGAAUACUAUCAACAGUUCUUCAAUGUUGACACGUUUGUAGUAUUGGAACGCAUAGCUAAUUCGAUGAUACCCAAGCGGGCUAGCGGAAAUUACUUACGCUCUAAUAUUGGACAAAAUCCAGACCUGUAUGGGCCAUUCUGGACUACAGUAACGCUGAUUUUCUCAAUUGCUAUAAGUGGCAACAUAGCUAGCUAUCUGCAGCAUGCCAAUGAUAACUACCACUGGCGCUAUAAUUUCCAUUUAGUUUCCUAUGCUGCCACUUGUAUUUUCAUCUAUGCCAAUCUGUUCCCCAUUGCGUUGUGGGCGGUCUUUAAGUACAGCCUCAAACCCGUCACUGAUGAUGUGGAAACUGAAAGUGCCAGCUACUCGCCCUCAUUAUUAUCGUUAAUGUGCGUCUAUGGCUAUUCUCUAUUUAUCUACAUUCCCGUCUCUGUGUUGUGGGUUAUACAGAUUAGCUUGCUACAAUGGCUACUCGUCAUUACCGCCGCUUUACUAUCUGGUUCAGUAUUAAUUAUCGUACUUACACCGGCGCUUCGUAACUCCAAGUUAUCCUUAUUCCUAAUAAUCGGCAUCCUUGGUGCUCACUUCCUUUUGGCUGCAGGUUUUAUGUUGUACUUCUUUCAUGUACCCAGCAAUUCGGUGGCAUACGCGCCAGCUCCUGCUGCCUUGGAGGCUGUAACUAACGCUGCUGCGCGUGCUGUUAAACAAGUCGUACAUCCGACACAAGUUGUGGGUAAUAUAGAACCAGUGAAUGAUACGCGAUAAACUAAUGGACCAAUGAAAAACGCUGCUGAGCGCGUUACCUAUUAAAAUACAUACAUAUGUUUUAUACGAACGAAAAUUUAUUUACCUACUUGUAAAUUGUUGAUUUAUGAAUGUUUCUUUUAUGGAAAAUUAGUACAUAUAGGUAUUCAUCUAAACGCUCAAAUGCCUCGUAAACCCGUAAACCUCGUAAACAAAAUGGCUUUCCAUACAAAAUUAAGUAAGUUGAUGAGUUUUACCCGGUUACGAGGCAUUUAUGCGUUUAGAUGAAUACUCCUAGUAUAUAUUUCGCUAUCAUAAAUUUAAAAUAAAAAUAUGUGUAAAAUAAUGCCAUUA